AUGCGCUUUUUCAAAACACUAGCUCUCUUUUGCUCACUCGCCCCGUCAAUCCUCGGAACCCCAGUCCCCAACAUCAAUCAUGACCUUUCAACCCUUGAAACACAAGAUUCUCCAGGACCAAUCUCAAUCCUCGAAAACACAUUUCUACACAUGCUCAACCUCGACAAAGAAACCUUUCAAGAAAUAGCCCGCCUCGAAUCCGCCCUAAAAGACCUCCAAGCCGGAAAAAUAAACCAAGUCACAACCCCCGAAGAAGCCCUCACAUCUCUCUCCAAAAUACAACCCUCACCCAAUACCACCGAAAACCACAACAUCCUCACAAUCGCAACAAACCUCAUCCUAAACGACCAAGACAUAAACUCAAGCACCAAUAACAACACCCUGAACCCAUCACAACCAAUCUACCCCAAAAAGCAUCCCAAAGACGCACCAUACAGCCAAAGCGAAAAGGACCUCCGUUCAGCAAUCUUCAUCCCAGAAACAUUCGAACACGGCACAACCAAUAAAACACCCAUCCUCCUCAUCCCAGGAACCGCCAUCCCAGCCGGAACAACCUACCACUUCAGCUACGCAAAGCUCCUCAACGACUCCGACAUCGCAGACCCAGUCUGGCUAAACAUCCCCGGAAACUCCCUUGGCGACAUCCAAGUCAACGCCGAAUACGUCGCCUACGCAAUGAACUACAUCUCCAGCAUAACAGGCCGGCAAAUCGGGGUGAUAUCCUGGUCCCAGGGCGGUAUCGACGUCCAAUGGGCGCUAAAAUACUGGCCGUCAACUCGGGCCAUCGUGGACGAUUUCAUGGCUUUGAGCGCGGAUUUCCACGGCACGGUAUUGGCUGCUGUUUGUCUUCUUCCUUCGCCGCUGUGCACGCCGAGUAUUAAGCAGCAGGUCUACGAUUCGGCUCUGAUCCGCACACUUCGGGGUGGGAGUGAGGGUGGAGAUUCGGCGUUUGUUCCGACGACGAGUGUUUAUUCUGGCUUUGAUGAGGUUGUUCAGCCGCAGGUUGGAACAGGGGCGUCGGCUUUUUUGGGUGAUGUGCGUGGUGUGGGAGUGAGUAAUGUUCAGGUUCAGGGUGCGUGUGCUGGGUUGCCGGGUGGUGGGCCGUAUCUUCAUGAGACGAUGCUGGUUAAUCCGCUUGCUUGGGCGCUUUUUGUGGAUGCUAUUACGCAUGAUGGGCCUGGGGAGUUGUCACGGGUGGAUUUGGGGACUGUUUGUGGGCAGUUGGUUGCGCCGGGGCUGGGGGGUUGA